AUGGCCAGUCGCGACGUCCACACGUCCGAGUUCUUCCAGCGCAAAGUGGACGAGCUCGUAAGGAAGUAUGAUCGCAUCACUGAGCCCAAUGCUGUUUUGCAGGCCAUCCUUCAGGAUCCAGAGAGCAUGAGAUCUCUCGUCGAUGCAAUUCAACGCCAGGCAUCGCUCGUGAGACACCGGUCUAGGAACGUUGAAGACGCAGAGAUUACUGUCUUUGACAAUGCUCUAAUGAUUCUGUCCAAUGGUGGCCAUGAUACCCAAGACGUCGGAGCGCUCGAACUCUACCUGGCUGAAUAUCUUGGGGUCUGUACUUUUUCACCCAUUGCCCAUGCUAAACAGGCUUUGCAUGACUAUGACAUCCUUCAAGACACCGUGACCAGAGCAACUGCAUCUCCCAGCAUCACCGACGAGGCUACACCUACAGAGGAACAACCCCAGUCUCCCGAGCAAGCGGUCAAGACUCACGCUCAAGACAACGAGCACUCUCGUAGAUUGCAGCACAUACUUCCUCCAAGACCACCCCCCACACUUGAGGAAGUUCGUCGCCGCGAACAAGUGGAACGACUGAUUCAGAUGUACGAAAAGGCCAAGGCCGAAUACAGCAAGAAGGACCCCGAAGAUAUUGACAUCAGCUUGGCCAAAUACUUCCGCGAUACAUCUGAAAACACGCUUCACUUUCUACGAGUCAAUGACAUGUCGGACCAUCCCUUGAUCCCCGAUAUCGAGAAUUCAUUCGAACGUGCCAAGGGCAAAGCUGCUCAGUUGGCGGGCCGCGGACGUCACUUCGACGAGCCUCGUGCAACUACUUCCACCCACAAUCAUCCUCUCAAGAAAAGAAGGGGACGUCGUCACCGAUACCGCGAGGUUGACUCCUAUCGUCCUGGCAAGCAGUGAUGGGAGUGUGGAAAGGCUGCUGUUGCUUGAUAGGCAAGGGUUGGUUUAGUUACUGGCGUUUUGAAGCGUUCUAGCCUCGGUGCAUUGGGAUGGGCGUUUUCCUGUUUUCAAUAUGGAUGCUAGAGCUUUGAAUUGAAUUGCAG